CGCGAAUUGCUUGCAAGGUUGCCAUUUUCUGAAUCUUGAAAUCAUUUGAAAAUGGUAGACAAAGAAACAAGAGCAAUUCUUUUUCACCAACUGACAGAAUCUUCUGAAGUCGUCGACUUCAGUAUAAUUUUUUUAUUAGUUUCGUUGUUGCCAAUAAAAAUGAAACAAGUUGAAAGUUUAGUUUCUUGCCCGAAGCACUAGGACCAGAACGAUGUCGAGAAAAAAGUAGAUUAUUACUAGAAUAAUAACAAUUAUUACCGUGAGUUCUAAUUCAAGGUAAUCAAGUGACUUGGAAGGUUCGCCAUUCAAUAAUAUUUUUCAUGACUUUUCAAAAUCAUUCCACUGUUGCUCUUGCUUAUCUUUUCGUUCUUCAUCUUCAUCGGACAAGUUUACGAACGCUAUUUCGUGGGAUUAUUCCCUUUUGUGUGGAAUCUAUUUUUGUAAUAGUGUUUUACGUCAUUUUUACUGUUUGAUAACUAUCAAUUCAAUAAUAUUUAUUGAAGAAGCAUUUUUGUUGUUGUCUUUGCGAGCAACGGUAAUGAAAUAGUUAAACGCAAUUCUUUAUCAACAAUUUUCAUAAUAGCUUGAAUUGUUAUAAAUGGAUUAUAUAGUAGUCGAAUGUUCCAAAGGAUUUAAUUUUGAAACAAGAUAGUUUUAAAAAGUGUUUUUAGCAAAAGUCAAGAAAAUUUUCGUGUUGUGUUAAGACAAUAAUCAAUAAAAUCGACUCUCUUGUAGCACUUAUGGCAAUUGCAAAAUUAAUAAUUAUCUUGUAGUUUUUUGGAUCAACAUAAGCCGUGUUUUCGACAAUAAUCAAUAAAAGGGUCUCUUGACAACUACCAGAAAAUAAUUAUCUUGUUCUCUUGACAAGGAUUAACAAAUAAUUUUUGUGCAGUGCAUUUUUGACAAUAAUCAAGAAAACGGACUUUUUCAGAAUAUCUAUCAACUACCAGGAAAUAAUUAUUACGUUCUUUUGACAAAUAUAAGCAUAUGAUUUUCUUGCAGAACUUCCAAAAACGAUAAUUAUUAAAGCAGACGGUAAAUUUGGAAUUUUAUAAUCUGUUUUCUAACAUAGAAAAUUUAUAUAUUGUUUUUAUUUGAACAAAUCGGGUAGAUUUUAAAAUUUACAAAAAUGAACCAAGAAAAUAAGAGAAUUAUUAAGAAAGCAGUUUGAAAGAAAGAUACUUUUUUUUAAAAAAAUAUUGCGUUUGUUAUUUCAAUAACUUCGAAGAUAAUGGAACUAAGAAUUAGCCUUUUAAUAUGUUCAAUGUUUUUGACGACUUGUGUUAUUUGCAAUGAAAGUGAAAACAAAAGUGACAUUGUUACAACAACUAUUUCGGCAUAUGACGAACAACGUAAUAUAGACUAUAAAAUUUAUCGGGAAAGAACUGAUGGAAUGAUUAAAAGAUUUGAAAACGGUUUAAAGAAGUUCAUAAGAGAUACUAUAAAGAGUUUCAUGCCGAAACUUUACGAAUACAAUAAUGAAGCAACUAUGUCAACCAAAUGCACCAGUUCCCUCAUAAAGUACGUUUCUGGCCUAUCAAGUGUGAAAGUUUGGGCUAUUAAAAUGUUUGACUCGAUGUCAAAGCCACCGUCAGGGAUUUUCGAAGGGACCGUUUCAGAUUUUGGAGCUUUCGAUCAAUGCCUGGAAAUAGAAUUGCCUAAGAGAAAUGGAGAUAUAGAAUUUAGAGGAAAGUAUUGUGCUAUUGAAGCGGCACCUAUAAUGCCAAAACCAUUCAGAAACUUUUCUUUGGCCAAGUUAGUUCAUGCAGGUCCUCUUGAUACAAUAGGAAAAGAAGUUGAAAUCGGUGGGAUGGCAUUUUACUACCUUAAGUUUCGUCUAGGAAUCUGUGUUCCGUCUACUUGUUCUUUGCAAGAUAUGCAAGCUGUUGCCAAAAGAAUUUCAGACAUUUCUAGAACAGAAGUAAGAAUACCACAAUGUUAUGUGAAAGAAUCCAGUCAAUGGAAAACCAUUCACAUUGUAACGCUGUGUAUGCUGAGUGCUUUACUUCUUGCUUGCUUCGUGGGAUCCGUCAUUGAAUACAAGUAUCCGAAAAGCCCAAAUGAAAACCAAGGUGGUAUUAAAGGAGUUUUAAAAUGCUUUUCUCUGAUUUCAAACUACAAUCGUCUCAUGUCUUCUUCCAAAGGAUCAGAUGAAUUAAAAGCUCUUCAUGGCAUCAAGGGUAUAAGUAUUCUUUGGGUGGUUUUAGGGCACACGUAUGUCUGGACAAAUUUCACUCUUUUACGUAGACCAGACAUAAUUCCCAAUUGGUUCAACAGUAUUGAUUUUGGACUCAUUUUAAAUACUUGGCUUGCAGUUGAAACUUUCUUCUUUAUGAGUGGUCUUUUGACAAGCUACACUGUUUUAAAAAUAAUGAUUAAAACAAAGGGUAGAAUUAGUGUACCAAUAUACAUUCUUCGUCGCUAUAUAAGAUUAACACCCCCUCUGUUGUUGACCGUUGGACUGCUUUUCUUCUUACCUCUCAUCAGCUCUGGUCCAUUCUGGUACGAGAUGGUUGAUCCUGAGUUGAAGGCUUGCACCAACUAUUGGUGGACAAGUAUAUUAUACAUUAGUAAUUGGAUGGAAAAGAAGAAUAUAGUAAGUUUUGAUUUAUUAUGCAAUCUGUCAAAAGCCGUUCUGCAUUGA